AUGACAUCACAUCUUAGUCAACAACAACAACAACAACAACAACAAGAACCACUUUCUACACUCCACACUUAUUUUUAUGGCAACAGAAUGUCCACCAGUGAAACAAAGAAAAGACGCUCAGAUGUGGGCAUUUCACGUCCAAGAAAACAAUUAUCGUGCCAAAGAUGUCGAUUACGUAAAGUCAAGUGCAGCUACGAAGUCCCAUGUGCCAAUUGUGUCAAGGACGGGGUCGAGUGUGUGCAGCCUGUGGAUAUGAGAAGCAGACGUCCGAAGGCGAGUCAUGUUAUGAAAUUGGAGACCAGAGUAAGUUCUUUGGUUGGUUUCAUUAAUACAUUAAAGAGUUGCAACAGUAUGGAGGAGAAGAACAAACUAGUUGCUGAACUUAACCUAGACCAAUUUUUAAAAGAAGCAGAUGAAGCAACGUCGACCCUUCAGGUGCCACCGCCACCAUCACAACAGCAACAACAACAACAAAGUGGAGGUGCACCAACAGCGGGAUCAACAACUUACACCAAUGAAGAUGACGCUGGGGCGCCACACUCCAGUGCGAUCUAUGGACCCACAUCAAUCUACGAUGACGCUAUCUUGCACAACAAUGCCGGGUCUCUGAGUAAACACAGGGACAACAGUGUGGACAUUAUCGUGCAGAUGAGCCAGGACCCAGACAUACUCCGAUGCUUGCACUUGUUCUUCACCUGGCAGUAUCCGGACCACAACAUGUUUAUUUUUCGAGAAGCGUUCCUCAUUGAUUUCUUUGCUCCAAAGAGCAACAGCUUGUAUUGUUCAAAGAUACUUGUGCUUAGCAUCUGUGCCUUGGGAGCACGAAUGUCUGAUGACAGGAGGAUCUACAACAAGUCCAAGGAGUUUUACCAGCAGCUGAAGAAUCUUUUGCUCGCAACAUUGAGCAAGCCGUCAAUCACGUCGUUGCAAAGUUACAUGUUGUUGGCAUUCUAUGAUAUUUGCAAUGGCCACAACUCGAGUGGCUGGAUGCUUUCCGGGAGUGCGAUCAGAAUGGGGUUUGAUCUUGGGUUCCAGUUGAACCCAGAACUCUGGUUUGUCAAAUCCAAGGGGGACGUUGGCGAUGUUGCGAUCAGAUCGAGAGUGUACUGGGGGUGUUAUAUGGCAGACCAUUUUAUAAGUUUGUUGCUUGGACGUCCAUCGAUCUUGAAAUUAUCGGAUGCGUCGAUCCCAGAAACCAGCGACUUGCCAGAUCUCAGCUGGAUCGAUGAUUAUACAUACGCAGGGUAUCUCAAACUAAAGGGGAGACACCAGACGACUGCCGUGACGAGCUACAUUUCGGACCCACUCAAUCAGAUCAUCAACUUGAUCAAUAUUUCCGACAACAUGUUGAACGACAUAUUCACCAAGUCAGACGACCUUGGCGGUGACCACCAGGGCAACGACGAUACGGAUUUGAACUUGAACUCAAGAUGGGAGAAGCUAUUCCAGUACAACCGACAGAUUGUUUCGUGGAAGAAGAGUCUUCCCAAGGAUUUGCAAUGGGACCGCGAGAGCUUGAGCAAGACGGGAGAGAACCCGACGUAUUCUGGUAUCAGAUACUACUACUAUAUACUAUUGCUUUGUCUCAACCGUCCGUUUGUUGGUAUUGAGAACGACAACAAGGGGACCGGUGAAGAUGAGUUGUCGCCGUUGUCGGUUUGUCUCGAAGCGAUUGACGAUUUGUAUGAGUCCAUCAACCGAUUCCAGCGGGAGCAUGGAUACAGAGUGUGUUCUAUAUUCAUUGUGUACUCGUCGAUAUUGUCGAUCUCCAUUUUGUUGUUGACGAACUCAAGGAUUCAGUUGGUGAGCGAGCAAAGAGACCGGUUGCAUUUUUUUAUGGGGGUUUUACAUGGGUGUUCCAAGACAUGGAAACUUGCAGAAAGAUCGUACAAUUUGGUCAAGGAAAAGAUCCAACAGGUGUCAGUGAAAGAUGAGAGACAAGAAAACAACAAUAAUGACAACAUCAGCAGCAGCAACAACAACAACAAUAGCAACAACAAGACAAUUGAUGCACCUACACCGUUGUCGAGUGUUGGAUCCACGUCUGAUACACAACAACAACAAAACAUGAUGUUUGACGACAACAUUGAUUUCCUUGGUGGUCCUCCGGUGUUGAUGACUGCAGAUUUAUUCAACGAAGAUUGGGAGGCGUUAUUCCCGGAUUAUGUGUUUAAUUCAAAAAGUUAA